AUGAUAGGCCAGCAGCUGUCAGAGGGCAUGGCGGAAACCUUCGGCGACAGGACAGCUGAGGAGCUGGAGCCAGGCCUGCUGGGGAGCAGUAUGCAGGAAGCUGGCUUUCAGGCCACGAAUGCUUUCACAGAGUGCAAAUUCACCUGCACCAGCGGGCAGUGCUUGUAUCUGGGUUCCCUGGUCUGUAACCAGCAGAACGACUGUGGGGACAACAGUGACGAAGAAAACUGUCUCCUGGUGACAGAGCACCCACCUCCCGGCAUCUUCAGCUCGGAGCUGGAGUUCGCCCAGGUGGUCGUGGUGGUGGUGGUGGUCACAGUGAUGGUCGUGGUUGUCUUCUGCCUGCUGAACCACUACAGAGCAUCCACCCGGUCUUUCAUCCACCGCCCGGGGCAGGACCAGAGGCAGGAGGACAGGCCGCAGCUGGAACGGCGCCUGUGGCCUUCAGACGGCUCUGAACCUCGGCCCACCUCAGAGACCAUGUAUGCCCCGCGGUCCAGGGAUGGGGUGACUGCCCCGCCUUUUCUCCAGAGGGAUCGGUUCAGCCGCUUCCAGCCCACCUACCCCUACGUGCAGCACGAGAUUGACCUUCCCCCCACCAUCUCCCUGUCGGACGGGGAGGAGCCACCUCCUUACCAGGGGCCCUGCACCCUGCAGCUCCGGGACCCUGAACAGCAGAUGGAACUCAACCGAGAGUCGGUGCGGGCACCGCCCAACCGAACUGUAUUUGACAGCGACUUGAUAGGCGUGUCUGUGUACAGUGGGGGCCCGUGCCCACCCAGCAGCAAUUCAGGCAUCAGUGCCAGCACCUGCAGUAGUACCGGGAGGAUGGCCGGGCCGCCCCCGGCCUACAGUGAGGCGAUGGGCCACUACCCGGGCGCCACUCCCUCCCAUCCCCAGCACAGCAGUGCGCACAGAGGCAGCAGACUGCUGCUCCAGCGGGAAGGCCUCGGAGCACGGAGCUGCCCAUCCAGGGCACGGACAGGAAGCCCAGGGAGUGCGUCUGA